UCUCCUCUUUCUCUUUUUCCCUCCCUUUCAGCUCUUGAAGCUAACGCAUUGGCUGGGCUACAGGCAUCUUGUUGCCAAAUAGGUGGGCCCUACUCGUGUUGGCAAAGGCUCAAGCAAUGGUUAGGGAAAGAACGCGGAGAGGACGAGAGACGGCGAGCGAGAAACAGAAAGGGAAAGAGAGAGAGUUGGAGAGAAAAGGGGAAAAAAGAAGCGGCACUCGGCUUUGCCAGCGGUCGUAUGCGCUCGUCCAACAUUGAUUCGGCUCUCUAUUUUUUUUUCCUUCUUCCCUAUUCUGUGCUCUGCUCUCUCCCCGGCCCCCCCAUCUGUGUGUGUUUGCAAGUGUGUGUGUGUGUGUUGGUGUGUGUUUGUGAGUGUUGCGCCGGGCCCAGGGAUCAGAACAGACACCACUACCAAUUACACUUUGCCAAGGAUUUUUUUUUUUGUCCUCCAAGGUUGAUUUUUUAAAUUUUUUGGAAAGCACAAAGGACUGUUUAUUUUAUCUCUCCUUGUUGUUGAAGUUCUUUUUUUCCUUUCAUAGUGCAACACUGCUGAUAUUUCUAUUUUUACCUGAUCGUUUUUUCUUUUUCUCUACAAGUUUUUUAUAUCUGGUCAUUUUUCCUUUUUUUUUUUUAAUGAACUGUUGGCCGUGGUCCGACUGCAGCGAAUUUCCUCCUUCUCUUAAAAUCUCGGGCUCCUUUUUUUUGUUGUUGUUUUAAACUUUAGCCCACUGUUUUUAGUGAGCAGCGUUUUCUGCUAAUUAUUUUUUUACAACCCACCCUCCCAAGUUUUUUUUUUUUUAUCCGCUAAUUCUCGACACCCUGCCAAACCAGCACUCGCUUUACAUUGGGGAGCGCGGGAGGAAAAAAAAAACUGGUGCAGGAGAUUUUUUUUUUUCACUUUAAACGCUGUGCCAAAUUUAUGAUGAGAGUGCAAAAUGGAUGAAUUUCAUCCCUUCAUUGAGGCCCUCCUCCCCCAUGUCCGUGCCUUCUCCUACACCUGGUUCAACCUGCAGGCCCGUAAGCGCAAGUACUUCAAGAAGCACGAGAAGAGGAUGACCAAGGACGAGGAGCGCGCGGUGAAGGACGAGCUGCUGGGGGAGAAGCCCGAGAUCAAGCAGAAGUGGGCCUCGCGCCUGCUGGCCAAGCUCCGCAAGGACAUCCGGCCCGAGUUCCGCGAGGACUUUGUGCUCACCAUCACGGGGAAGAAGCCCCCCUGCUGCGUGCUGUCCAACCCCGACCAGAAGGGCAAGAUCCGCCGCAUCGACUGCCUCCGCCAGGCCGACAAGGUGUGGAGACUGGACCUGGUGAUGGUCAUCCUGUUUAAGGGCAGCCCCCUGGAGAGCACGGACGGAGAGCGGCUGGUCAAGUCGCCCCAGUGCUCCAACCACGGCCUGUGCGUCCAGCCGCACCACAUCGGGGUGGCGGUCAAGGAGCUGGAUCUCUACCUGGCCUACUUCGUCCACUCACCAGAACAAUCAGGACAAUCAGACAACUCAAACCAGCAAGGAGACACAGACGUCAAGCCCCCACCAAAUGGCCACUUGAGUUUCCAGGACUGCUUUGUGACUUCAGGGGUGUGGAACGUAGCCGAGCUGGUCCGCGUGUCACAGACCCCGGUGGCGACAGCGACGGGCCCCAACUUCUCUCUGGCCGACCUGGACAGCCCCGGCUACUACAACAUCAACCAGGUGACCCUGGGACGGCGCUCCAUCACCUCCACCCCCUCCACCAGGACUGAAAUGGAGCUUUAUGCAAGUCUCCCACGGAGCUCCAACAAGCGCAAGUCCAUUGACGACAGUGAGAUGGAGAGCCCGGUGGACGAUGUCUUCUACUCAGGCCGUUCCCCGGCGGCUGGGAGCAGCUCUCAGUCCAGCGGUUGGGCUAAUGAUGUGGAUGCAGUGCAGCACCAUUUGGCCAGUGUGCAGGAGAGGAAGAUUAAGCAUGAGAGCGAUGGAGUGCAGUUUCCUUACCAUGGACUCUCGUCGCCUGGUUCUCUUAAGAAGCCGGGGAAAUUCGAUUUCAGCGCCCUGUCCUCCCAGACGAGGUCCCCCCGCAUGGCGUUCACCCACCACCCACUGCCAAUGCUGGCGGGAGUGAGACCAGGGAGUCCCCGUGCUUCAGCCUCGGCCCUGCACUUCCCGUCUCCCUCCAUCAUCCAGCAGUCUAGCCCCUACUUCACCCACCCAACCAUCCGCUACCACCACCACCCUGGACAGGACCCCCUGAAGGAAUUUGUGCAGUUUGUCUGUGCUGAUGGCUCAGGGCAGGCCGCCGGACAGCCAAACGGGAGCGGCCAGAGCAAAAUGCCAGGCUCCUUCUUGCUGCCUCCACCUCCCCCAGUGGCCCGCCCAGUGCCCCUCCCCAUGCCCGACUCUAAACCCAACAGCACGCCCCCUGACGGCGGACUCUCCUCGCCCGCAUCUCCGUCAUACUCCACGCCAGGCGCCACAGCUCCCAACAGGUUUGUCGGCAUCGGAUCACGGGACAACAACUUUCUGAACAUCCCGCAGCAGACACAGUCUUGGUUCCUCUGACAAGAUCUGUGUCCAAACCAGCAACUAGAAUUCUUUCUUUACAAUCAGAAAUAGAAAAAAAAGAAAAAAAACAGAGAAACAACCCGCAGGAUGAUAAUUGUCCUCCAACCAACCCACCGACCGACCGACCGACCGGCCCUGAUACGAAAUAUAACCAAGCAACGCAGGAAAUUACAGCAGCAUGAUGCUUUUAGUGGAACUCUGGACUUAUUUACGCAGUCAGAGAGAGGACCCGUUUCGAGCAAAGAUGGAUAGAUGGAAAGAUAAAUGGACGGACAAGAGGAUGCCAGGAUGAGAGCGGGAGCGACGGGACGGCGGCGGCAAGCAGGCAUCUCUCCUCAAACCACCGAACCAGCACAGCACAGACCAGCAGCAACGCAGGAGGAACCCGAGGACGAAAAGGCGGUCAGCGUCUCCUGCUUCACAAGGACGUACUGUGUAACCAAUGGCUAAGAAAAUCAACUGUCCAGCAGAUACAGAUUCAAGCGACAAAAAGCUUCACCCCACAAUGAAUCCACAGCCUGAUCAAACUGUUAGGUUUCCAGUGAAAGCUGCAGUCCAUGCUCCUGUGAUGUCUGUCAUCACCCAAAACGAAAAUCAAAUUGACCAAUGCUUCUGUCCCUCUGAAUGACCAUCGACUCUCUAAAGCCCCCCUUCUCCCUACUACUAACUAGACAGACCAUGCCAAAACAUAUCUUGAUUAAGGGUUGCACUACAAGCUGAAUCAAUUAACACUAAUCUUAACGAUGUGCACUAUUUACCUACAAGGCAUGGGAGGUAAACCAGACUUGCCUACUCAAAGUUUUAAAGAGGAAAUAAACCGAGGUACAGGAAGCCUUCGCAUGUCCUCCACACACCCCCCUCCCCCCCCAAUCGCUCAGUCCGACAAAUCAUUGGCCUCCGCUCAUUCUCACGUCUCCCAACACAUUCACAGUCUGUGCCAUGAACACAGCACGUAUGACAAACACACACAAACACACACACAUUUGCCCAGUCUCACCAUUUAGAUUGUAGUAUUUAUAGGUGGUGGUGUUGUGUUCCUCUACUUUCAUUUUAUACACGCUAAGCCCAAGAUGAAUGAUUUUAUUAUCUCUUGUGUGUUCUCUUAUUUGAAUUUAUUCCUUUUGGAUUUGUACUAUUUUAUAAUUGUUUUGUAUUUGAAUGACAGCACCUUAAAGAGAAACACAGUAAGAAGCGGUAUGUUGAAGCGGUGUAGGCGGCGUGGUUAGCUAGCCCCGAUUGAGUAGCGUUCGCAAAACAACUCAAAACAAAGGUAGACGCUUUGGGAAAUAAACCUUUUUACCUGUUUUUUAUUAGUUGAGGAGACUGAUGCCAUUUGCCUGUCAGUACAGAAAAUGAGAGGCUACAAUUAACAGCUGAAUAGCUUAGCUUAGCUUAGCGUAAAGCCUGGAAAUCAGUGAAACAGCUAGCCUGGCUCUGUGACAAAAUCGGCAAGCUAGCAUCUCUUGUGGACUUUCGUUUGGUGACGAUGAAAUACAUUUGCCCUCAAAAUUCUCAAAUGAUCAGCGUUCAAGUUGGAACAUCGAUCCUAAGUCAUGAGAACGCUGUUGCUAAUUAGCAACUUAAAUGUUGCUGUUAGCUUCUCGAAGCUAGCACACAGGAAUUAGCGUAAAAAUCCAAAGACAGAAUGAAAGAUGAUUUUCUUCAGAUAUAUAAUUAUUUUUAAAAAACUCUAUAUUAACUUACCAUCAACUAAAAACAGGAAAUAAAGUAUUUACAAACUAAUCCAUGAAUGUGUGUCCGUGCACAUAUAUACGAUUAGCCAACAUGGCGCCUUGCUGGACGACAUAUUAUUGCGGCAAAAGUUACGUUUCCAGCAAGACAGCUUGCAUUUUUUAGUCAGACUCCAGGCAAAUUCAAAUGAGGCUGCAUAAUUUGGCCUUCCUUACCUUUUAAUUCAUUCUGUGUUGUCAGACCAUUCUCCACUCUGUCCUGUCAGCGAUGGAGAACAGUCUGACUGCACCUUAACCCUCGUGUUGUCACCAUUUAUGAGCACCAAAAAAUAUUGUUUUCUUGUCUGAAAAAAAUCCAAAAAUUCAGCAAAAAAUAUUCACCAAAUUUCUGAUAAUGUGCAAAACCUUCAGGAAGAAAAUUCCAAGAAUUCCUUAAAAGUUUCCCUUAAAAAUGUUAUUUAAAAAAAAAAUCCCCCAACUUUGGCAAGAAAAUUCUUGUAAAUAUUUUUCAAAAAAUGAGUAAAACUCUUCCAAAAAAAUCUUAAAAAUGUAUAAAGUGAUUUCAUAUAUAUCAGUAAAAUUUCUAGUAUUUUCUUCAAGAACAUUUUCAUACAAAUCAAACAAAAUCCAGUGAAAUUUGCUGGAUUUUGUUAGAUUUUUUGUGAAUGUUCUUAAGAAACAUUUUUCUAAUUCUUUUCCACCACAAAAUGUUCAAAGAUUUCCCAAAAAUGUUGAAAAUGUGGACAUUAGAAGUUUCACUGUGAAAAUAUAUUUUUUUAAACUUUAAACGGGUCAAUUUUGACCCGCAGGACGACAUGAGGGUUAAACCGAGCCAGAUCAUUCUUCUGUCCAUUUCCAGUCUUUAUGUUUCACUAAGCUAAGCAUGAAAGUGGUCUUAAUCGUCACCUCUAGCAAACUAACUAGCUUAUUUUCCAAAACGCCGUCAUCCAUCGACGCGGUUUGCUUGUUCUCAGUGCCAGAUCAACCUCUGCUGUCGGGGUUUCGACAAUCACGGGAAGCUUAUUUUUCUGGGAACCCACCUACUGAACCACACGGGCCGAAAAAAAAAAAGCUGAAAACAAAAGUGCCGCAUGCAUCUACCGCUAACAGAUUGAGGCGCAGCUGGGACUGCUAGUCGCUGGUGAUUGGUGGUAUAUGAGCGAACCAAGGAGCGAAGGUUGCUGAAGACGGGACCCAGAGUAAAAGAGAGAGUAGCUCUUCUUUCUGUCUCCCUAAAGUUUACCCUGUUGUUUACACUCCCAGACGGGCCGAAGCUCCAAGAGCUCAGGAGGCCACACUGCGGAGCAAAAUGCAUAUGUGACAUAUCUGGCUGUUAUCGGAGAACGAGGGGACGAGGGCCUCUAAGGCCGAGCUGUAGCCGGAUCACUCGUGUGCCCGUUUUCGUUGUUGGCGCACAGGAUCGGGUAAAGGUUGCUAUGGUAAUCCCCCAACACACACACACACAUACACCAGCACUCCCCCCAACCCUCUUAGCUAUUGUGAAUGGAAGAGCCCUUAUAGAUCAAAAACAAAAAAAAAAACUGCACUAAUACAAUCAUGCCAGCCAACCUUGUGAGUCUUUUUUUGUAAGCAUUGCGGUAGAUUCGCCACCACUUUAGAGCAAGAGCACAGAUUCCUAAAAAAAAACAAAAAAACACAAAAAACCCCCAAAACUACUCACUAUUAAACACACCCCAACCCUAAACGCCGUGCCCGACUGAAUUAAAGGGAAGUCUGAAAAAAAAUAGACAAUCUGAGGAGGCCUUUAUGCUUUUAAUCAUUUUAUACAUAUAUAUAAAGAUAUAAUUACCCCACCACACACAUUCAGCCCGAUUCAGUUCGAACGAAUCCCAUCCAACCUCACAAAAUAACUGGACUGCCUGGCCAUGUUCUUCACUGCAGGGAAACGAAACAUAGCUGGCCAAGCGACCGGCGCCCAUGACAACUAGCUCCGCUGACGACGGCUAAGGUGAUUUCUUUUCUAAUCUAUGGAAGUGCCUCUGUAUUCCCAUUAUGCAAUUUGUCAAACAUGAAUUCAGGUUCUUUUUCUCACAUAUAAGCUAUAGUGAAUGGUGAAAAAAAUUUAUGUCAGGAGGGGGUUUAAAAAAAGAAAAAAAAACGGUGACAGCUCACUAGAUAAUCGCAAGCAUCUUUAUAUAUAAUACACAUAUAUAUUUAUAGAUAUAUACUUUUUUUAUUUGCAAGAUAAGCUCUGUGGCAGUCUAGUUAUUUUUUGAAGCAUGGCAUACAUCGCACAGUCAUAGGAUGCAUCUCAAAAAACUGAUUUGAGCUCAAGUACCAGUCUCUAAAAGAGUAAAACCACGCUUAAAAAGGACGUAAAGAAGAAAAAAAUCAAACGAUAGAUUCAUAGACGACAAGUGAUGAUGACGUAGUUGAGGAUUUACAGAAACGAGCAGGUUAGGUUUUGUUGUUUUCUUUCUUGUUUUGAUGGGAAGUAUUGUUCUUGAAACUAAAUGAUGUAUGUUGAUUGAGCCAUGUGCAAUGCCUUGGUAGAGGAAUUGUGUUUGUUUGUUAGCGAUUGUUUGAGGGCGAUAAAGAGGGAAAGAAAACCCUCUUCAUUUUAUUUCUUUUGUUUUCAAGUCCGCGUGCUCCGGGACUCUAAAUACGAGGGCGGCGAGAAAAAAAAAAUCCCAGUCUUUGUAAGUUUUUUUGGGGAAAUUGUUUUUAAUUUCCUGUUUUGUUUCUUCUUUUUUUUCUUCUUUUAUCACUUUUUUUUUUAAAGAACUUGUUUUCAAAAAUGUGGGAGGGCUGAAGGAACAAUUUUGCAACUCAUAAAAGUAUAUAUCACUAUGAAAAAACUGGUGCUUUCGUAAAGAAUAAAAGUACAUUCAAUCUCUAUUAUACAUAAAUAGUAAUAAACAAAAAAAAUUAAGUGUUAUCAUAAAAAGCAAAUUUUUAGGAAAAAAAAACAUGCAUUAUUCUAUUUCUCUCUCUUUUUUUUUGUUUUGUUUUGUAUUUACCGAGGAGGGGGGGAGGGGUUCGUUGUAUGAAAAAAAAAGGUUUGUUGUGACAAAAGGCAUCCCCUUCCUCCCCCCUUCCGCCUCCCCCUCAUCUCUCUCUCUUUCUCCCCCAUUUUGAAACCUUUUAAACGCCACAGCAUUAAAAAAUUUUAAAAAUGUUAAAUUUUCUGGAUCAGGUGGGACAAAGACAAGAUCUUCCCCAAUUUUGGGAGAUGCACAAGUACGGAUUUGGAAACAAACAAACAAACAAAAACAAAAAUGAUGUCUGGUGAGAUUUAUUGAGAGGGAAUCAUCGGCCUCUGUCCCGGUCAGAGGGGGUGCUGUCAUCGAUCCAACGUCAACCCCGCUCACCCCCGACUCCCCCUUUCCUCCUCACCCCCUUCCUUCCAUCUUCCCCCCCGCUGUAAAUGAUUAUAAAUAUUUGUUUGGUGAUGUAGUGUUAUAGACUCAGAGCAUCUUUAAAGGUUGUCCCUAAAAAGUGCCUUUUGUUCACAGACUCCAUCUUGUAAUCCUGAGUGCCCAUCUCGAAAGAAAGAAAAAAAGUCCCCUCCUUUCAUGCUUCUAUAUCUUUCUCUUCCUUCUUCUUCUUCUUCGGCGCUUUUUAAAAGCAGUAUACAUAGUACUAAAGGAAAUUGGUGUGAUUUAGUUCCUCUUUUUAUUGUUGAAUAAUUAAGAAAAGCUGAAAAAAGCCAAAAAAAACAACAAAAAAAAGGAUAUUUUCUGUCUUGCUUCUCUUCCUCUGUAUCUUGUCGUCUGUCUAUCUUGGACACUGGAGUAGUCUGUAGCCGCGUAACCUUCUCCUUCCUCCCCCUUCCUCACCCCUUUCUCUCCCCCAUAUUCCUUUUUUCCUUUCCUCUUUCUCUGAACGGCGGGGUUUCAAAAAAAAAAACGACAAAAACCAACAAAAAAAAACAAAAACAAAAAGAAUACGCAAAGAUUUUUUUGUCUGAGCAGAAUGCAGUUAGCUCACAUGUUAUUCUUGUCUGUACGCUUCACAUUGUAUUACCAUACCCAUCUUCUUCAGCUUCUCCAUUCAACAGCUAAUGUAAGUGAACAAGUUACACCACGGGGCUCUGGGCUGUUGCUGAGGACCGGGGGCAAGAAACAGUGGAGCCGAGGGGGCAGUUUUUCACCGACCCCGGUGGAGGGAGAAAAGCACUCACGUUUGGUUUGGGCUCAGGCAAACGACCAGUAGGACUGCUAGUGUAGGCAGGUUUGUUUGUAAUCCUUGUUUCUAUCUAUUUAUCUUUUUAUAAUUGAAUUUGGAUUUUUUUUUUUUUUUUGUCAUUGUUACUGCAUAUCUUAGGCAGCAGUCGAGACGCUGCGUCUUCAAUUAUGCACCUUUCUAAGUGGUUGAAUGAGACCAGCUAUUUAAAAUAACAAAAAAAACACAAAAAAAUGAAAGCGUAAAACGACUCGAAGCACCUUAUAAAGCGGAGCGGUUCCACAGUUUGCAGACUGAGAGGCUCAGAUUUUUUUUUAGCACAAUCAUUCGCAAGCGUCGCUCAAAAAAAAUAAAAAAACAGAAAACUGAUUCACCGUCAUCGACCAAAGCGAUGUGGUUCCAACACCCGUCAGUCGGUGACUCGUAGGGUAAACGCCGAGGAAUUUCCACCAGCAAAAAUCAAUCGAUUACAAUGAGAGAAGAUAUAUAUAUAUGUAUAUGCAACUUUUUCUUUUAUUCCUUCAUCAAGCGAAUGAAGCCAGCAGCAGUAUUAUCAAUCAAUCAAUCAAUCAAGUGAAAGCGCCACAGCCGAGAAGCCAUAUCAGAGACGAAGCGGUCGCACCAGAGCAGAGUGUGAGAGUGUGUGUGUGAAAGUGUGUGUGAUCGCUGAGGGAGUGUGUGUUCAGUUUCUGCCCUGCACCGUUCAGAGAGCCCAGUCCGACCCUGUGGCCCAACCGUCCACCGCCUCCUCUUCUUUUUUUUUUUGCCUUCCUUGGUUUGUUUCUAACACAUUUUUUUGUUGGACGCUGGGCCGUGUUUAGUGAUUUUUUAUUUUUUUAGUUACUGAGCCUCCCCCACCUCACCUUCUGUCCCCCUCUGGCCGGCCUCACCCCUCGCCUCCCCCCACCACGAGUGCCCUCACCCCUCCCGUCAGAGCAGCGUCCCAUCCUCAGACACACCUCCCAGAGCCCCUGGUGAAAUGCAUGUGUUAAUUACAGUUUCUUUUCCAUAAUAAUAAUAAAAAACAGUUCGAAAAGAGCAACACCUUUACCUGAUUGAAUAAAAGGAUGUUCUUGACUGUA